UAGACCCGGCCCUACCGCUGCGUUUGCGUUCUUGAAAGUCUUUGCCUCUUGUCCUUGUCACUAUGCCUGAGCCGGCGAAGUCCGCUCCGGCUCCCAAGAAGGGGUCCAAGAAAGCCGUCACCAAAGCCCAGAAAAAGGAUGGUAAGAAGCGCAAGCGCAGCCGCAAAGAGAGCUAUUCCAUCUACGUGUACAAGGUGCUGAAGCAGGUCCACCCCGACACCGGCAUCUCCUCCAAGGCCAUGGGCAUCAUGAACUCCUUCGUCAACGACAUCUUCGAGCGCAUCGCCGGGGAGGCGUCCCGCCUGGCCCAUUACAACAAGCGCUCCACCAUCACGUCCCGCGAGAUCCAGACGGCCGUGCGCCUGCUGCUGCCCGGCGAGCUGGCCAAGCACGCCGUGUCCGAGGGCACCAAGGCGGUCACCAAGUACACCAGCUCCAAGUGAGCCCCUGCUGGGACGCGGCGCUCGCGCGAGUUGGAGCUGCCGGCCGCUUGACUCCAAAGGCUCUUUUCAGAGCCACCUAUCUCUUCCCUGAAAGAAGCUGUCCCGUGUUGUUCCUCCCACUCACUCUCGGCAUCCAGGUUCAGGUUAAGAAAGUUAACUGGACCAGGUACAAGUAUCCAUAGUUCAUUCCUUGAAGUACUGGUGUAGAUAUGCUUACUUGGGUUUAUGGAUGAAUCUUCUUCCACAGACGGCGCGUGGGGGCGGGGGUGCGUGUGUCCACAGAAGAUUGCUCUUGUAGUUGACUUUAGCUUGGCCUCACCGGUAAUGUGUGCAGUAUAGUAUUUUCAUAGGGAAAUGUGCUAAUUCCCUUAGAUGUUUGUGCAAUAUAAAGUUGGAUGAACAGAGGUAUAUAAUUGGGGGGGGGUUCCUUACUAAAUCAUAACUACAUUUAUGGGGUACAAUGUGAUGAUUUGAUAUGCAACGUGGAAUGAAUGCUUAAACAAUCCAGCGGGUUUUGCUGGGGAAAUGGUGGUGAAACCUAACUUUUUGCAUUAUGUGCUUCUGAGGUGGGUACUAACAGUAAUUCAACUUGUAUGCAUUUGGUACUGGGAAAUUUCAAAAUUGGCAAAAUUGGAUGUCCUUGGUUCACAAGCACGUGCCUACUUACCCGAAGAUUUCUUCAGUGUCGUGUAGGGAACCUGAUUUUUACUUUACCUUGGAUCGUAAGUUGUUUUAUAGGUAAGUGGCCUAUCUUCUAUCUGCUUCCCAGAAUUCCUACUAAGGGCCUUUGCUGUAUCACCUCACCUUAUUUCUCAGGUGAGCAAUGUCAGCCUAGGGGUGUUAGGAAAGGAUCACAGCCACAUUUUGUGGCUUAGUGGAGAGCUAGCUUAGAGUGUAUUUUCGUUUGUAUAGAAUUUGUCUUUUUCAAAACAAAAGUGUAUGCAGUGUAUGCUGAUCAAUAGAGGGUGAGUGAUAUGCAGUGGUUAUCCUAAA